GCUGUCCCCCCCUGUCCCCCCGCCCGGUGUCCGAGCGCGGCCGCAGCUCCCCGCAGCGAUGGCCGCGCUCCCGUUCUGACUCCUCCGAGCCACCAGGCGGCGCUGUCGCCGCCCUCUCUCUGUUCCCGCCGCAAUGCAUUCUGGGGAAUGUAGUCCCGGAGCGACCCGCCAUUCCACCGCCAUUAAGCGGGGACUACAUUACCCAAAAAGCUUCGUGCCCUCGGGUGGGCGGAGUCUUGGGGUGUGGGCGGGGCGCGAGGCCGCCAAACCGGGACCGGGACCGGGACCGGGACCGGACCGGGACCCGACUGGGGGUCACCGAACCGGGACCGGACUGAGUAGGGGCAGGGAUGCAGGGGCCGAAACUGAGCAGGAUCAGUGGCCACCGGACCGGCUCUAGAAGUCACCAGAUCGGGGGCUCGGGGUUCUGCACGCUUCGGUCCUGCCGGUGUCCGGUGGUGCCCCCGGCCCUGUCCCGCCGCCCUUCCCGUCCCGGUUUCUGAGGGGGUCUCCCCGUGGACCCUCCGGGGGUGCAGCCGGCACAGGGAACAUGGAAAAGGCUCGGCUCUGCCUGCUCUGCCUGCUGGGAUCCGGCCUUAUCCUGCUCGGCACCCCCGAACCGGUACCGGAGCUCCGGCCCACCCUGAGCCUGCCCGGGCACAGCCGGGAGGAGACAGAGCUGGUGGGGGUUCUCCAGGAGCUGCUGGACAAGCUGGGGACGCGGGAGCCGCCGGCGCUGGAGAAGAGGCUGAGCUGGGUGCCCUGGUGCGAGCCCCGGGAGCCGUGCGCGGUGCGGCGAGGGGCGCGCAUCGGGAAACUCUGCAGCUGCCCCCGCGGCACCUCCUGCAACCUCUUCAUCCUCAAGUGCUCCUGAGGGAGCGGGGACACCGGGGGACACCGGGGGACACCGGGGGACACCAGCUGCCACCCGUCUGCGCCCCGGGUGGGGGAGGGAGGAGGAGCCGCAGGCCCCCAGCCCCCUCCCCGCACCGGGAUGGACCCGCACAGCACCCCCGGUGCUCUGGUCCCCGGGGCUGGCGGUGUCCCGGGAUACAUUAAACCACUGGAUCCACGCCUGCCGCCUGCUUUUUGGGGGGAUUUUUGAGGUUCCCAGCCCCCUCUGCCGCUAGGCAGGGUCCUGGGGUCCCAUCCUGCUGUGGGUUCACGUCGGG